AUGGCUUCUGAAAUAUUGUCACCAACAAGUGCAAAACAACGUCGAAUUAUGAUUAUAACCGGUGAUGAAAGUAUUAUUGAACAAAUUCAAAAUAGUGGUAAUUUAUCAUUAAUUAAAUCAGUUAUCAUUGAAUCAAAAGAUAAUGAUAAUGAAUUUCCUUAUUCAUCAUUAAGAGAAAAAAAACAAAUGUCAAAUCAGAGAAAAUCAAAACAUGAUUCAUUAACUUGUGUUGUUUGUGGCUCACUAGCAUUUGGAUAUAAUUUUGAUGCAAUUACAUGUGAAAGUUGUAAAGCAUUUUUUCGUCGCAAUGCUCUAAAAAAACUCACAACCUUACGAUGUCGACGUAAAGGUACUUGUGAGAUAACAAUCGAAACACGACGACGUUGUUCAGCAUGUCGUCUAACAAAAUGUUUUAAUAGUGGAAUGAAACGCGACCGAUUGAAAAAAGCCGACGAAAAAGCACCAAAACGGCGCAUAACAAAAGACAAUCAGACUUUCACAUUACAGCAACGUGAGAUAAAUGAUGACAAACGUCAAGUAUUAUCAUCGACAUCUUUCAAUAAUUUAUUUACAUCAAAAGAAACUAAUUUUCUUCGUCUAAAUGAUGUCACUCAACUUCAAUCACCAGCAUUAUCAGAGUCACGACGGACAUUACUUACUAAAGAGGAUUUACAUCGUGUAGAAACUAUUCAAAAUUCAUACGAACAACGUAUUGAACUCGCUGCUCGUGAUGGUCUUCCAUGGGAUCCAACUAUAUAUGCAACAACCGUUUUACAGUAUAUAAAUUCUCGUUCAGUACCAAUAAUGCGUCUUUUAACAUUUUUCAAACAGAUACCUGAAUUUAAUGAAUUAAAUGUUGAUGAUAAAGUUACGUUAAUUAAAUUUAAUCUAUUACCAUUGAUCUUGCUUAAUGGUACACUAUCAUAUAAAAGUGAAACUAAUGAAAUCAUGGAAACUGAUUCUGAUGUACCAUGGAAUUCAAGUAUAUUAGAAGAAGUUCAUGGAAAUGAAAUAUAUAUUCAAAUUAAAAAAAUCUUUAAUUCAUUUGUAUGCAUUGCACAAUAUGAUCAAAGAAUAAUUCAAUUAGCACUUAUUAUAUUUAUAUUAACAAAAGGUUUUUCAACAGAUCCUGAUAUCAAUGAACCAAUUCUUAAUGAUGGUAUGACUGUAUAUCGUGCACAAAAUUAUUAUACAGAACUAUUAUGGAAAUAUAUGGAAACAAGUCAUGGUUUUGAAAAAUCUACGUAUUUAUUUACUGAACUCGUUGGUCAUUUUAUCUCUUGGCAAACACUGGAAAAACAACUUCGACUCAACAUACGAAAAGUAUUAUCACCAAAAGACAAGAAUGAAUUAUUACCAAUAAUGAGAUCAUUAUUGCACAUAACAUAA